AUGGCACCAAACCGAUUACAAUCAUCAAGACUUAUAGCCUUAGCUCAACAGCUCCGUCUCUACAAACCUCCUCCGACGUUAGAUGAUACUGAUGAUGAAGAGCAAAGAACUGAAGAGAGCGUAGGGAAGGUUGUUCCUCAACUGGGUUUUGCAUAUUCUGCAACCCCAGUGUUCAAUCAGCCAAAAAAGUUCACACCCAAUAGAGCUGCUGUUCUGAUCUGUCUCUUUGAAGGGGAUGAUGGUGAACUUCGUGUCAUUCUCACUAAGAGGGCUUCGAAGCUCUCUACUCACUCAGGUGAAGUUGCAUUGCCUGGUGGGAAAGCAGAGGAGGCAGAUGCAGAUGAUGCUGAGACAGCAACUAGAGAAGCAAGUGAAGAGAUAGGCUUGGAUCCUUCAUUUGUAAAUAUUGUAAUUACAUUUGAGCCAUUCUUGUCCUUGCACCUCGUUAGAGUAAUUCCUGUUGUUGGCAUACUUUCUGACAGGAAAGCCUUCAAACCUGCUCCUAAUGCUAGUGAAGUGGAAGCAGUAUUUGAUGCUCCAUUGGAAAUGUUUCUCAAGGAUGAAAAUCGGAGAUCAGUAGAGACGAAGUGGAGGAGAGGCAUGUGGCUGGUUCAUUUCUUUGACUAUAAGACAAAUGAUAAGAAGUAUGUGAUAUUUGGUUUAACUCGGAUUUUGAUUCGGGUAGCAUCUGUUGUUUACAAAAGACCACCGGCUUUCUUGGAGCAGAAUCCAAAAUUUAAGACUAAACCCAGGCUUUGA